UCUGCCCUGAGAAACCCAAUUUCAUACAUCAAAUUGAAAGGACUCAAAUCCACACACGCCAUUGCUCAGUUACUCUGGUUCAAAGCUCAAUAAAGAGGAGAUUUUAGGGUUCAGGCAAUGGUGCAGAAUUUGUCGGCAAGCACUCUGACAACCUCUAGAAAUAAUAGCAUAUAUGGGUCUUUGUAUAUAUGGAGGAGGCAUUUCAAGCCAAUGAAGAAAACCCAGAUGAAUUUUGGAGUUGAAAGACAAUUUUUCAGGAAUUAUUAUCUACAGAGCUUCUCAUUUGUUGGUCAGUGUGAUAAAUCAAAACAGAGAAGUUGGAGGGUUGAAGCCGGAUGGCUAUUUAAAGGAGGUGACCAGGGUUUGAAUGCAAGUUCAGAGCGUAGUGAGAGUGCCAAUGAGGAUAUAUUGAUGUUCUUUUUCCAACUGGACUUGGCAAAUCGAGUUCAGUAUGCUCUGAAUUUGGAGCAGUAUGAUAAUGCGCAGCAACUGCGAAACAAGCUUACUGAGGUUGAAGCAGAGGUUAUCAAGCAGCAAGAAGCAAAAAGGGGAUCAUAUUCAAAGAGUGAAGUUCAGGACAUGGCUAUAAGCAUCUUACGUCUGCGUGCAGACCUGCAGAAUGCAAUUGAAAACGAGAAUUACGGUUUGGCAGCUGGAUUACGGGAUGAGAUAUCCAAACUAGAGGCAGAGUCUCUGGCUGCAUCUGUAAAAGCUCAAGCUUAUGAAAAUGCUCAAUAUGCAUUCCGUUUGGGCCAGAAAGUGAGGCAUAAGAUUUUUGGAUAUCGAGCUGUGAUUUGUGGAAUGGAUCCAGUGUGCUGUGAAUCAAGUUCAUGGAUAAAAACAGCACAAGUUGAAAAGUUGACUCGUGGUCCUGAUCAGCCAUUUUAUCAGGUCUUGGUUGAUGUAUACAUGGACCCCAAUCUGUUAGUGGCAUACGUUCCUGAGGAGAAUUUGCUUCCCCCGGAUCAACCAGACUUGGCUAGAUUUGAUCAUCCUUAUGCAUCAUUUUUAUUCUAUGGGUUGGAUGCAGCCGGAGAUUACAUCCCAAUCAAGCAGCUGCGCGAGAAGUACAACAGGUCCCGACAUGAGGUGCCACACGAUCCUCGAGAUGAGAAGAAUGGUGAUUCUUGAUUUCCCAUUCUUUAACAGAGACUGCAAACCUUGUGCCAGUUAAUAAUCCCUAGCAGUUUUUGUCUAAGCAUCACAUUUAUGCAAUCCAUUGCCUCGUCUUCUUGUUUCGUAAAUUACUAGAUCUAACAUUCAAUCAACAUUACCAUGUCUCUUUGCUUGUAUAUGACCUGAUUCGUGUAUAUAACAUACUUCUCUUUGGAUCAGAGAGGUGAUAGGGAGAUAGUUGUGUAAUUUGGUGAUUUUGGAUGACCAGAGCCUUCUUGGUUGCUAAGGUACGAAGUAGUGCGAAUUUUUGCGGCUGGCCAAUUUGAUUCCACCCUCUAACU